AUGAAGAUGAUCCUGAUGACGACGAUGCAAAACGCUUUCUGGAUUCUCUUGGUUUUUUCCAUCUCAAUGGCUUCUUGCUCCACGAUUCCAUCGCUUGUAGGUCCACAAAUCGGAAUCAACUACGGAGAAUACAGCUCCAAUCUUGAAGAUAGUAGUCCAGUGAUCGGAAUCAACUAUGGUCGUUACGGCUCAAACCUACCACCACCAGAAGCAAUACCAUCGCUAGUCAACUCUCUCUCCAUCAAACAUGUCAAAACCUUUGACUUGGAUCCAAGAAUCACCAAAUCUUUCGCCAACACUGGAAUCACUCUCUCCCUCUGUAUCCCCAACGACAAGAUCCCAUCUCUAGCCACCAAUCUCUCCGAAGCUGAAUCAAUCAUCAGAAACUUCAUCUUACCUUACCACAAGAACACAAUCAUCACAGCAAUCUCCGUCGGAAACGAAGUCUCCUUACUCCCGCAAUUCUCCAACCACCUAGUCUCAGCUAUGGUCAACGUUCACAAAGCAAUCAAGAGAUACAGAUUACACAAGAAGAUCAAAGUCUCCACAACGCAUUCUCUCGCGAUUCUUUCCAGAAGAUUCCCUCCUUCGACUGCUGUUUUCCAUCAAUCGAUCGGUGAUUCGGUUUUGGAACCACUCAUAAGGUUUCUACAAAGAACAAAUUCACCUCUCAUGGUGAACGUUUACCCUUACCUCGCUUAUAAACAAUCAUUCCCUUCGAUUCCUCUGGAUUUUGCUCUGUUUCAGCCGAUGAACAGCCCCAGACGCCGGAGAUACAUAGAUCCGUACACUGGAGUUGCAUACACCAAUCUGUUCGACAUAAUGCUGGAUUCUGUUGACUCCGCCGUGAAAUCCUUAGGGUUACCUGAAAUUCCGGUGGUUGUAUCGGAGAUUGGGUGGCCGACGAGGGGAGAUCCGGGUGAAACAGCUGCUAAUUUGGAGAACGCUAGGGUUUUUAACCAACGGCUCGUUGAGCAUCUGAGAAGAAGAUGGAAUAAAGUUCCGGUGUAUAUCUUUGCUCUGUUCGAUGAAGACCAGAAAACUGGAAACGCCGUGGAGAAGCACUGGGGAUUGCUUUACGGUAACGGAUCGAGGAAGUAUGAUCUGAAUUUCUCGCCGCCGAUUUGAAGUUUGAACGGCGCAAAGAUGGAAGAAGAUUUAUGAGGUAAUGGGCCUAUUGUUUUGUUUUAUUAUGGGUCUAUUGAAUUG